AUGUCCUGGCAAAACUACGUGGACAACCUGAUGGCUGAUGGCAACUGCCAGGACUCGGCCAUUGUUGGGUAUUUGGACGCCAAAUACGUCUGGGCAUCGCAUGCCGGCGGUACUUUCGCCAACAUCACGGCUGAAGAAAUUGAUGUGUUAACCGGAAAGGAUCGGGAGGGCUUCUUCACUUCGGGGAUGACCCUAGGCAGUAAAAAGUGCUCCGUAAUCAGAGACAGCCUCAAUAUUGAGUCCGACUGGACGAUGGACAUCCGGACAAAGAGUGUAGAUGGAGAGCCAACAUACAACAUUUCCGUAGGGAAAGCCGGCAAAGCAUUGGUUUUAGUCAUGGGAAAAGAUGGUAUCCAUGGAGGGAAGCUCAACAAGAAAGCAUAUGACAUGGCUGCCUACCUGAGGAAGUCUGGAUUCUAA